GAUGGAUCUGCAAAUCUCAGUUUUUCUUCUGUUCGUUCUAUUCACUGCAGGACACUCUUUCAGCUGUUAUGAUUGUAUGGGUCUGACGGGUUCUUGUGCGGAUCAAAAAGUACAAACAUGUCCAAGUGGAUCUUCCACGUGCUGGAGUUUAACAACAGCUGUACAAGUUGAUCGCAUCAGUACUAAAAGGAAGAUUAAAGAAUGUUCUCCUGACUGUGUAAGUGGAUCCAUAAACCUCGGCUAUUCAAAGUCAUCUUUAGCGUGCUGUAACACAGACCAGUGUAACAUCCAAGACGCUCCAGAUCCCUCUAAUGUCCCCAACGGAAAGAAAUGUUACGCUUGUGAUGAGAAGAGCUGCUCAAACACAUUGAGUUGUUCAGGGAGUGAAGACCGCUGCUUUAAAGCAACAGGGAGUUACUUAGGGUAUUCAGCCGUUGUUAAAGGUUGUGCCACUAAAUCUAUUUGCGAAGCCUCAGACUUGAUUCCUAGUAUGAAGGACAUCUCAUGCUGUGAGGGGAACUGGUGUAACGGUGCUCAGAGUGUCACUCAGAGCUUCCUGUUCCUCUGCUGUUCUCUGCUCUCCUUCAUCCUGCUGCACUGAAUCCAGCAGCUCUUCACAUUCUACAAUGAGACACGCUGUACUGAAUAUAGAGCUUGUGUUUUCUCUGUACAACACAUCUUUUGUGUCCUGAUAUGAUUUUUUUUUUUU